AUGUCGGCUCCGUCUCAGUUCACAGGGCCCAAUGCGGCCGAAUAUGGCGGAGAUGAGGUAUCUGCGAUCGUCUUGGAUCCGGGAUACUCCUCCGUACGCGCCGGGUUUGCAGGCGAAGAUGCCCCCAAAUCGAUCGUGCCAACAUACUAUGGCGCCGCGGAUGGCGGCCAGCGGCUUCUCUUCGGCGAAAACGCCGUCCACGGCACCCAAUUCCCCCCCGAAAUCCGCAAUCCCAUGUCGACGGACGGGUUGGUGCAAGACUGGGAUGCGGCGACGAAGCUCUGGGAAUACUCGGUCACAUCGAGUCUCACGGGCAAGCGGCAGACGCACCCCAGCAAGAACGGACUCAACGACGCCGCGGAAGAUGAAGAAGGGGAUGUGGACAUGGACGGCGUCGAGGAUUUAGAGAAGCCGUUGUCGGAGAAUCCCCUGAUCAUGACGGAACCGGGCUGGACGCCACCCAAGCAGCGAGAGAAGAGCAUCGAAAUCGCCAUGGAAGACUGGGGCGUGCCGGCGUUCUGGCUCGGGCGGACCGGCGUCCUGUCCGCCUUUUCCGCCGGCAAACCCUCCGCCCUAGUCAUCGACAUCGGCGCGUCGACGACGUCCGUCACCCCCGUCCUGGACGGCAUGCUCCUAAAGAAGGGGUGCGUCAAGUCCCCCCUCGCCGGAAACUUCGUGUCGCAGCAGUGCCGACUGCUCUUCGGCCAAUCCGAACCGCCCAUCAACAUCACGCCGCACUUCAUGGUAGCGAGCAAGAAGCCCGUCGACGCUGGCGCCAAAGCGCAGGCGAUGCUGCGGACGUUCGAGUCGGAGAUCCCGCAGUCCUUCCGGCGGCUGGGGGAGGAGCGGGUCUUGACCGAGUUCAAGGAAAUGGUGGUCCAGGUCUGGGAGGGGCCGGGGAAAUUCCCCGGGGUCACGAACCCGGGCAAUCUACCGGCCGACCAGAUGGAUCCUGCGAAGCGGGCUCAGUUGCGGCCGUUUGAGUUCCCCGACGGAUUCAAUCAGGUCUUCAGGAUGGAGCGAUAUCAGCCUGUCGAGGGGCUCUUUGACGCGAAGGCCGCGCUGACGGACAAGGACAACCCGGCGCCGAAGCCCGAGCAGACGAUCCCGGGUCUGAUCGAGCAAGCGAUGAAGACCAUCGAUGUCGAGGUCCGCCCGACGUUGCUCAAUAAUGUGGUCAUUGCGGGUGGAUCGUCGCUGUUGGUGGGCCUCACGAAGCGGAUCGAUCAUGAAAUCACCAACGUGCUACCCGGACCGAGGACAAGAAUCUUCGCCCCGUCUAACACGGUUGAGAGACGGUAUGCGAGCUGGGUUGGGGGAAGCAUCCUUGCCAGCUUGGGGUCGUUCCACCAAAUGUGGAUAUCGAAGAAGGAAUACGAGGAACACGGCGCCAAUAUCAUUGAGAAGCGGUGCAAAUGA